GAUUUUGUAAUACCAUUAGAAUUGAAAGUUUGGAAUUUUUUUAUCCAAUCACUGUAAAAUGCAUCUGUCGCUGCGCCUAUUAUCAAAUAGACAUCCUUCUUUCAUAGCUCGCACAGUGUUUGUACAAAACAACGAUAUUGACAAUGCGUGUAGGUUGAUCAACAGGAUUAUGGGUAAAGAAGGUCUUUUAGCUCAAUACAGGCUCACUAGAUACUACGAGAAGCCGUUUCAGACUAGACGUCGAGUUAACCAUGAAAAAUGUAAGGCCAUCUACAAUGAAGAUAUGGAGAGAAAAAUACAAUUUGUAUUAAGAAAAAAUAGACAUGAACCCUUUCCAGGAUGUUACUGAAUGAAAGAUCAAAUGUAAAUAGUAGAUUAUAACCACUCAUCAUGUGAAUAAUUGGGAUAGACCUGCUUAAAAGUUGAAAAACAUGACAUUGUGAGAAAGACCUCUCCAAAAAACUCAAUGUAAAAAAAAACUACGAUUCCAGAAUCAAAAUUAAAGAUAUUUAAGAUACCUAAACAUCUAGAAAAUUAUACACAAACAAACAUUUAAAAUAAUUACAACAUAA